AUGAAUAAUAUUGAAUCAAUUCAAUAUACUAAUCAUAUACCUCCUCAAUAUUAUAAUAAUUCGAAAGUUACUCAACCUCAACAACAACAGCAAUUACAGCCACAACAAAAUAGCGUAGGAUCAAAUAAUAAUCUACUACAUACUCAACCACAAUAUAAUUUAAAUCAUAAUCAACAACAACAACAUCAAAGUACUAGUCUGAAUCCUUCACCACAAUAUAGACAAUCUCCAUUACAUCCAACUUCAAAAUUAUAUGCACAACCUCAACAAAUUUUUAAUUCAGAGUGGUUAGAAGAUUUAAAUUCUCCAGAUAAUUCACCGUCAUCAUCUAAAUUGUCGAAAAUAAUAGAAGAACAAAAAAUGUCAACAACUACAGCUAUUCAACAACAACAACAACAACAACAACACUCUAAAUUUGAAACUCCUUCAAAAUUAAAACAAGUUAACAAUUUUCAAUAUAUAACUCCAAUGUCAGAAAAAUUUGAAAUUGAAGAAACAACUACAAUUACGAAAUUACCUAAAAUAAGUAGUUGGAAAAUUUUUUGGUCAAUGUUGAAUGAUAUUGUAGGAAAAGAUAAAAUGGCAAAAGUGGGUCAAUAUACAUUAAGAUUGCUAGUUUAUCAUGCUGAUAAGUCACAAAUUUAUCUUAGUGAUGAUAAAUUAAAUAUCAAAUCUAUAAAUUUAAAGUAUAACAAUUCAGAGAAACAAUUGGAUUUGAUUAAAAAUUUCCUUAAAAAUCCAAGAGACUUCAUCAAAAUUAUUGUCAUAUUAAUUUGUUCAAUUUUUAAAUCAAGAGUUGCUGGUGUGAUAACUGGUUUAUCUAUGUAUAGACAACUUUUAAGAUUUGGUAAAACACCAUUUAGAAUAAGAGAUUUAUAUGAAAAAUUUAAAAAUAAUAUUAAUUUAAAAUCAAAUUAUAUAAAUCAAGCAAAUUUGUUCAAUAGGAAAACUUUGGGUGAAUUUUUUUCAUUAUAUUAUGGUAUAAAUGAUGAAUCAAUAUUAUUAUAUAAAUUCAAUUUCCUUACAAAUCCAAAUUAUAAAAAAUUUGUAACUAAACAUGAAAGUUAUGGUUGGUAUUGUGAAACUUGGUUAGCUUUAUAUAAUGCUUAUGAAAAUUUACAAAAUUUAACACAACAAGAAAUGGAUAUAAAGAUACAAAUUCAAGUUAAAAGUAGAGCAAAACAAUUAUCAAAACAAUUAUUAGGUGGUGUCACUAUAAUAACUACAAACAAUAAUAAUAACGGGAACUCAGAUGAUUUGAAAACUUUGGAAAAUAUACAAUUUAAAAAAUCAAAUGCUUGGAUUGAUAUAUAUAAAAAUUUAUCAGAUUUGGGUUUUAAUACUUAUACAGUUUUCAAUAUUGCAUUACCUUUUGAUACUUGGCAAAUUUGGAUGGGUAUAAGUGCUUCCGUAUUAAGUACAAUUAAACUCUAUAGAGAAACAAAAAACAAGAUGAUUGAACAAGAAAUUCAGAAAGGUUUAUAG